AUGCCUUUAGACACAUCAUCAUACACGCUCGCGCAUCUGCGACUGGACGGAAGAAGAUGGAACGAGCUGCGACGAUGCCACGGACAAAUGUCGACACAAGCGGCGGCCGAUGGAUCGAGCUACCUUGAAAUGGGCAACACGAAGGUCAUUUGUACAGUCACUGGCCCGACGGAAUCAAGGCGUGCAGGAGGUCUCGGCGGUGCCGAAGCAAAGAUUGAAGUUGAGAUUGGUCUGGCUGGCUUCAGCGGUGUCGAGCGCAAGAGACGUGGAAAGGGCGACAAACGAACAAGCGAGAUGCAGCAUACCAUCGCUUCAGCUUUCGCAGACACCCUGUCAACACAACUAUACCCGCACAGCACAAUCACCAUCAACCUCCACAUCCUCUCUCAGGAUGGUUCGCUAAUGGCCGCUUGCAUUAACGCCUCCACUCUCGCUCUCAUCGACGCCGGUAUCCCCAUGACCGACUACAUCUCAGCUUGCACGGCCGGCAGCACCGCUUCAUACGCUUCCAACGACGAACAGGCCGACCCUCUACUCGAUCUGAACGGCAUGGAGGAGCAAGAGCUGCCUUUCUGUACUGUUGCAACCUUGGGCACGGAUGACAAGAUCAGUGUCUUGAUGAUGGAGACUAGAGUCCAGCUCGCUCGUCUGGAAGCUAUGAUUGUUGUUGGUGUUGACGGCUGCAAGCAAAUCAGAAACACUCUUGACGGCAUCGUUCGCCAGCACGGAAACUCUUUGCUUCAAAAGACUGUCACUUGA